UUUCACACAAAUUUAAGCGCACAUUGUUGUUUUUACAUUAUGUUUCUUUCCCUGCUUCUUAAAACUCAGCAUGAAUUAAUCAUCUUUUAGUGACCUCAGAGAAGCUGGAUUUCAUUAGCUGUCCUGUCCUGUACCAUCAUGGGAGUUUUGUGAAUUUGAAUCCGCUGACUUAUAUAAUUAUAUCCUCCUUUAAAGUUGAUUUUCAACAUCAAAGGGACAAUAUAGCCUUUGAAGUACCAUGGGAUUGGAUCACUGUCUAACCCACUCUUUAAGAUUCUGUCACAAUGACAUUAGGGAAGUCAUGUGAAUUAAAAGACUAGAGAACAGCUCUUUGCCUUUGCUCUGUGUCCAAUUUCAAUCAAAAUGUCAUGCUGUGCCAUUUUCCCCUGAAUGUGGAACUGGAGAGUGUGUUACACUCACAUCUUUGUGGCUAAAAUCCUGUGACUAAUAUGUAAAUUAUUUGACAGUUUCACUCCACAGGAUUAUUAAAUAGGGCCCAAAAGUUAAAGAAUAAGUUUUAAAUCAUUGUGUACGCCAGUGCUAAGGUCCAAGGCCACAUGAAGGCCCAAAACAGAAUUCAGCUCAACUAAUGUCCCCAUUAUAUUACCCAAAUGUUUAUGCAUUAUAUAUCAUUUUCCCUUUGUAGUUCAGGCAAUUCUGCCGUGUAAAAACACAGGGAGCAAAAACUAAAUAAUUCACUGAAAUGAAUCAUCUGCCACUUGGAUUCAACUUGCUUGAACAUCACAUAAGUUUGAUUGUACUGAAACCUGAGGAAUUUGGAGGCCAAGUCCACUCCCCAAACUUACUUCCAGUCCCAAACAAAGAGGAUUUUCAAUGCUUUUUUGGCAUUUAUUAGUUUUAGACGCUUGUAAAAAACAAGUCAAAGCUAUUCAAAAUGAUUUUACAGCGUUUACAUAUUGACCUUGUCCAUCUCGACUGAAAAACCCUCUCAUGCAAAUCACAUUUUUUAGUUCCUUGUUGUUCUGAUAAGCUGUAGCUGCUAGGGAUCUAUAAGGAGGGGCUCUUGCCCAGGGCACCAUUCAUUCAAGAACCGCUACUGUACAAUAAAAAUAUAUCAGAAAAGUUUUAAUUAGGCAGGUUAUAAUGAUAAAAGCCAGCAGAAAAGAGACCAUUGUAAAAAAUAAAAUGCGGCGGCGAGUGCUAACCCUUCUCCUGUCACUUAAGGAGGUCACAGUCAACAUACUGUUGCUUUUGUUUGCUUUGUGUCCCUGUUGAAACUUUGUGUUGUAACAGAAAGACAGUGAGAAUAAUAGUACUGGCGCUGUGGAUCAAAUACUUCUGAAGCUCCAAAGCCUCAGGGAGUUGGCUGAAGAUUGCUUUCUUUGAUAAGGUCCUGGCAGACAACGUAGUCCUUCCCUGUGUGUAAAAGUUUAAUAAACCCUCAUGAACGCCUCACUUAUGACGCUUGAUAGUAGAAAUUUGCAUGGAAAAACAGUUUAAUAUGUUAAUCAUGUACUGAGUGUUAUUAUUUCGCCCCCCGGUGGUUAAUUUUUUGCUUUAUUUUGCUUCUAAUUGUCAAGACUGGAUGCAGCUUUUUUUUUAUGUCUCUUCCGGGACCAGGCCAGCGGUUCUUCACUUUGAAGUCCGCACUUAAGCCUUUAGCCCAGUUGGUGUAGAAACAGCCGGGAGGAUUUCAACCGCCUGCCAUGACUUCUCGAAACACCUACCUGCGGAGACAAAAAGAGGAGUAGAGGAGAACAAACAACCUGCUUUAUUUUAUUUGUGACUGAAUUAAACUUCUCGAAUGCGAGGGAUAGGACAGGGAGCGAAGCCAAGACUGCUUGUUUGGGACCGUAUUUACUUCACUUUUACGUUUUCUAAUCAGAGCGGCAACAUGGAUGAUUUUUGACACCCCCAGCGAUCUACAUAGGCGAAGAGCCUGCCUACUCUGAGGUCAGUUGUUGAAUGGGACAGAGUGCGUUAAACUACCAGCGCUUGCUUGACGUGCAUGUGGCGCGGCGGAGCCUUGGUAUAAGUCCGCCCGUCGCUGAUUUCUUCUCUUAUUGGGGACUAUAUAACCACUCGGAGAGUUUUGGACUGAUCUAAAAAUGGACUAAGAGCUCAACUUUUUUUUCCCCUUUACUUUUCAUGGGCGUUAUUCCGAUCUACUCUGCCAUGAGUGAAGAGGAGCUGAGAAGCUCCCCCGCUGCUUUUAGAGAGUGAGUGAGGAGGAUUUUUUUUUUUUUUUUUUUUUUUUGGAGGUGGGGGGUGGGGGGAGCUUGGAAGCUGGAGCUGAGGCACCACGGCGGCACUCUCACACAGGCAGCCGGAGCCAUGAGCAGGGCGCUCACGGAGCACAUCAGCGGUAGCUUCCGAGAAGAUGCUCCCCGUCCUCCGGUGCCGGGGGAGGAGGGAGAGGCGUCAUGCUACAACCCGAGCAGAUCUGGCAAAAUGAGAGCCCAGAGUAAAGUUAAAGAUCUCCCCACCGCCGCUGCCGCCGCCGCUGCUCUUGUCGGCUCCAUGCCGCGGAGGAACGAGGAUGGACUUGGGGAGCCGGAGGGCAGCGCGUCCCCGGACUCGCCGCUCGUUCGGUGGACCAAGUCUUUGCAUUUCCUCCUCGGCGACCUGGACGGCGCUCACCUGUUCAGGACCUUCUUGGAGCGGGAGCGCUGCGUCGACGCGCUGGACUUCUGGUUCGCCUGCAACGGCUUCCGGCAGAUGGACUUAAAGGAUACCAAAACGCUGCGAGUUGCCAAAGUUAUCUUCAAGCGGUACAUCGAGAACAACAGCGUGGUGGCGAAGCAGCUGAAACCGGCCACCAAGACCUUCAUAAGGGAUAGUAUCAAGAAGCAGCAGAUAGACUCGGCCAUGUUCGACCAGGCGCAGACGGAGAUCCAGUCCCACAUGGAGGAGAACGCGUACCAGAUGUUCCUGACCUCUGACAUAUACCUCGAAUACGUGCGCACUGGCUGCGAGAACGCCGCCUACAUGAACCACGGCGGGCUGGGCAGCCUCAAGCUGAUGUGCGGAUAUCUUCCUCCUCUCAUGGAGGAAGAGGAGUGGAGUUGCAGUGACCUGAAGGCAAAAGCGUUGGGGUCUGUGGUGGGACUGUCUGCGAAGAACCUGAGGGCUACUGCUACUAUCCGGACAGCAGCUGAGGUGCUGGAGAAGACCUACAGGUCCCAUCGACGAGGAGACCCCGUCAGCCCGUACUUCAUCAACUCCGGCUACAUUUUCGCCCCCGCCACCAGUGCCAACGACAGCGAGAUCUCCAGCGACGCAGCGACAGACGACUCUCUGUCGAUGACUGACAGUAGUGUAGAUGGAAUCCCUCCUUACAAGAUGUGCAGCAAGAAGCAGCUGCAACGAGAGAUGCAUCGUAACGUUAAGAUCAAUGGCCAAGUCACGCUACCCCACUUUCCUAGGACGCACCGGCUGCCUAAGGAGAUGACCCCAGUCGAGCCCUCAGCUUUUGCUGCCCAGCUCAUCGCCAAACUGGAGAAGCUGAAGCGUGAGCAGGACACGAUGAGCUCUCUGGAGGAGAGGCUGCAGCAGAUUCAGGAGGAGGACGAAAGGGAGGAGAGCAACGACCUGAGCAGCAGCAGCUCCCUUCAUCAUCCCCUGCUGCCGUCCGCAAGCCAAUGUGAGGAAGACCCCCAGGCCAUCUUAGACGAGCACCUUUCCCGUGUCCUGAAGACGCCCGGCUGCCAGUCGCCUGGCGUCGUCCGGCACUCGCCACGUUCCCGCUCCCCGGAGCAGUCCGGCGUUCUGGUGUCGUCUGGCCACGCAACUCUUUUUGGUGCUUAUCAAGGGUCCGCUAAGGUUCUGAUGACAGGCAGGCAGUCCACGAAGCACAUCCACCACCACUACAUCCACCAUCACCAUGCUGGGCCCAAAACUAAGGAGCAGAUUGAGAUCGAAGCGGCUCAGCGCGUGCAGUGCCUCUGCCCCCAAGGGGGUGCCAAUUACUCCGACUUCACACCUGCUCGCUGCAGCACUUUGUCCAGACGACCAGUGAAGGCCUCCGAUGAGGGUGUGUCUUCACCAUGCCUUCCCAUGGUUUCCACCGACCGCUCUCAGAAUGUUUGGCAGUGGAUCCUGGAGAGCGAGAGGCAGGGCAAGCACAAGCCCCACAGCACUCAAGGCCUAAAGAAGCCCAGUCCUCUCGAUUCCAAGAUCCUGCCUGCUAGGACCAACACCUGGGGUGGUGCUGGCACCUGCAACGGGAGUCACCUCCGUGGCCAUCACCCCGGCCAUCCGUUCAUCCAGGAUCCCGCUAUGCCACCUCUACCCCCUCCCAACACCCUGGCACAGCUUGAGGAGGCUUGUCGCAGACUGGAAGAGGUUUCCAAGCCACCAAAGCAGAGGCAUUCAACAACGUCUAGCAGCCUUCAGAGAGACAGGAGCCAUCCACCUGCUGGAACUGGUGCAGGCUCCUCUCAAACCAACCCUGAAGAGUCUAAGGAGCUGGUUGUAACAUACUUUUUCUGUGGCGAGGAAAUUCCUUAUCGCAGCAUGAUGAAGACCCACUGCCUCACCCUGGGUCACUUCAAAGAACAGCUCAGCAAGAAAGGCAACUACCGGUACUACUUCAAGAAGGCGAGCGAUGAGUUUGAGUGUGGAGCGGUGUUCGAGGAAGUGUGGGAAGAUGCCACUGUGCUGCCCAUGUACGAGGGCAAAGUCCUGGGCAAAGUGGAGAGGAUGGACUGAAAGAAAGAAAAAAAAAAAAACAAUAACACAAACAACCAGUGCCCUUCCCGCGCCCAACCACAAGUUAAGCUUUCCCUUAAGAACUUGAGCAACAGACUCUAUGAAAAAAAACAAACAAAAAAAAAAA